UCUGUGUGCUGAGGGCACUGUAUCUCCUGCAUCUGCACAGCCAGGACCACAGGGAGGAGGCGCCAUGACCCCCACCCUCACGGCCCUGCUCUGUCUCGGGCUGAGUGUGGGCGUGAGGACCCAGGUGCAGGCAGGGACCCUCCCCAAACCCACCAUCUGGGCUGAGCCAGGCUCUGUGAUCCCCUGGAAUGUCCCUGUGACCAUCUGGUGUCAGGGGACCCUGGGCGCCCAGGACUUCCGUCUGGAUAAAGAGGGAAGCCAAAGCCCCUGGGACACACAGCCUCCACUGGAGUCCGGGGACAAGGCCACGUUCUCCAUCUCAUACAUGACAGAGCACAACACAGGGAGAUACCGCUGUUACUAUCUCAGCCCCACUGGCUGGUCACAGCGCAGUGACCCCCUGGAGCUGGUGGUGGUAACAACCUACAGCAAACCCAGCCUCUCAGCCCUGCCGAGCCCUGUGGUGACCUCAGGAGGGAAUGUGACCCUCCAGUGUGGCUCAUGGAAGGAAUAUGACAGGUUCAUCGUGACUAAGGAAGGAGAAGACAAGCCCUCCGGGGCCCUGGACGCACAGCCACAGCCCAGCGGGCAGACCCAGGCCCUAUUCCCUGUGGGCCCCGUGCCCCCCAGCCCCAGGUGGACGUUCAGAUGCUAUGGCUGCUACAGGAGCAAACCCCAGGUGUGGUCGGCCCCCAGUGACCCCCUGGAGCUCCUGGUCUCAGGUGUGUCUGGGAAGCCCUCCCUCCUGACCCCGCAGGGCCCUGUUGUGGCCUUGGGACAGAACCUGACCCUCCAGUGUCGCUCUGAUGUCGGCUACGAAAGAUACGCUUUGUUCAAGGAGGGGGAACAAGACCUCCUCCAGCGCCCUGGCCGGCAGCCCCAGGCUGGGCUCUCUCAGGCCGACUUCCCCCGGGGCCUGGUGAUUCGCUCUGAUGGGGGCCGGUACAGAUGCUACGGGGGACACAACCUCUCCUCUGAGUGGUCGGCCCCCAGUGACCCUCUGGACAUCCUGGUGGCAGGAUGGCUGCGUGACACCCCCUCCCUCUCGGUGCAGCCGGGCCCCACGGUGGCCUCAGGAGAGAAUGUGACCCUGCUGUGUCAGUCGAGUACCUGGAGGCACACCUUCCUUCUGUCCAAGGAGGGGGCAGCCCAUCCCCCGCUGCGUCUUAGAUCAAAGUUCCAAGGUGGGCAGUACCGGGCCGAGUUCUCCCUGAGUCCUGUGACCGCAGCCCACGGGGGGACCUACAGGUGCUACAGCUCACUCAGCACCUCCCCCUACCUGCUGUCACAGCCCAGUGACCCCCUGGAGCUCCUGGUCUCAGGAGGCCCUGAGAACCAGCUCCUCCCUCCCGUGGAGUCAGGCCCGCAGACGGGACUCAAAUCGUACCUGAACAUUCUGAUCGGGGUCUCGGCGGCCUUCAUCCUGCUGCUCCUCCUCCUCCUCUUCCUCCUCAUCCGUUGCCGUCACAGCAGACGCAGGAAGUCGGGGGCUCCAGACCCCGAGCCCAAGAACAGAGGCCUGCAGAGCAGCUUCAGCCCAGCUGCCGACGCCCAGGACCAGAACCUCUCAGAUGCCGCCGAGAACAACACACAGCCUGCGGAGGGCGUGCAGCUGGACCAUCAGGCUGCUGCAUCUGAAGCCCCCCAGGAUGUGACCUACGCCCAACUGAACCACUCGACCCUCAGACGGGAGACGACUGCAGCCCCUCCCUCCCAGUCGGGGGAGCCCCCCGCAGAGCCCAGCGUGUACGCCACACUCGCCAUCCACUAGCCCAGGGGACCCAGAGCCCGUGCUCUCGAAGGGAGACUGCUGGGACGCCAGAAGGCGCAGGAGCUGCCCGCGGUGGACACCACCUGAUGACCACCAGCCGACCUGGACUCCCAACACAGACCACCAGGACCCCCUGGGGCCCUUUUGGAGUCACCUGAUUUUUACCUUCAAAAAUAACUAGCACUCAUACAUUUUGGAAAUUAAGCAACAGGCUUCUCAAUUAUCAAUUAUUUAGAGAAAGACUAGUAAAUUAUUCCAAAUGGAGGUAGAAGGGGAGAAAUAAUAAUGACAAGAGUACCUACUGAUGAGGACAAAACAAAAAGUAAGGAGACAUUAACAAAGCCAAAAAAAUUCAUUCUUGAAAACACUGACCACACUUAUAAAUCCUAGGCACAAUGACCAAGGCAGAAAGAGAGAAGGCACACUUCACCAUAAUCGGGACACUACGGCGGGCCCUAGAGACUUUAAGUAGAUAAAGAACUUUAGGAGUACAAUGGUGUACAAUCUUACACCAUUGUAGUAGAAAACGUCGAUGAAAUGGACUAACGUCCUCAAAUAUACAGUUUACCAAAAUGAUGGACAUAAAGAUAAAUAGAAAAUGAACUGUUGUACAUAUUAAAUGUGUUGAAUCUGUGAUUGAUCGUUUUCCCCGCAAAGUGAACACUGAAUCUGGAAAGCUCCACUGGUCACUCUUCUGAACACGUAUGUGCUUAUGAAACACAUACGCACACGGACAUUCCACACACACAGCAAACUUAUACACGCUUCUCCAGAGAACAGGGAAGGAAAGGACCACUCGCCCCCACACAUUUCAUCGGGCCAGAGAAAAACAGACGCCGAAACCUGGCAGGAAACACCAAGACAGGGAAAACCACAAGAAGCUGUUUGUCUGUUUCCUGUUUUCCUAAACAAGGUAUUCGCAAACAAGCUUCAUCGAUAUAUAAAAUGGAUAAUAUAUCACGACCAUGCAGGUAUUUUUUUUUCAGGAAUGCAUGGUUGGUUCCGUCCUCAAAAGGCAACGAACAUAAUUCCAAUGUUAAAAGAAGAGUCUAGAAAUAAAUAAUCAUAUCAAAAAAUGGAAAGUUUUUGAUUAAAUACUUCACCAGUUUUUAAUUAAAAAACUCAGAAAUGAAACAGAAUUUCCUAUCAUUUAUGAAAGCAUCUUUGUUUAAAUUUUUUAAUUUACCAUGUAUUAGUUUCUGGCGUACAGCACAGCGCUAUAUGUAUAUGUUCUUUUUCAUAUUCUUUGUCAUUACAGGUUACUGCAAGCCACUGAAUACAGUUCCUUCUGCUAUAAGUAGGAACUCGUUGUUUAUCUAUUUUGUAUAUAGUAGUUUGUAUCAGCCAAUCCCAAAUUCCCAGUCAAAGCAUCUUUAGAGAUCUACAACAGAGAUCAAUUUUAAAAGCGAAAUGUGCACUCCUGCUGUCUGUGAUUGAAACAGAAGAGGCUGUUCACCAUUACUAUUCCAUUCAGCAGGGCCCUGGAAGAAACGAGCAACACCGAGGGAUGUAAACCGUAUUGCUCACAGAUGACAAAAGUGUGUGCAUGUAAAACAAUGUAAGGAUCUAUUAUUCUGAUUAGAAGGUGAUUUUAUCUAAUGUCACUGGGUACCUCAUCAAUAUAUAAAAAUCAGUUGCAUUUCAGACUUCCAGAUUUAGACCAGGAGGAAACAGAAGUAUGUAUCCCUGACCCUCCACUGCACAGGAAGUCUCCUGGGUGGCACGUGCACAACAAACAAGAAUGCAGGCAGAUUAUUUCCGGCCAAGAUGGCGGAGUGGUAGGACCACGAGCUCGCCUCGCCUCAUGACUACAAUGAAACCACAGCUGAAUGCUAAACAGCCUUCGAAAAAAGACUGCAACCUAGCAAAAAAGAUCUUCUGCAACUGGAAACAUAAAGAGGGAACCACAGCAAGACGGUAGGAGGGGCGUGCUCACGAUAUAAUUGGUCACCCAGGUGGGUGACCCACAAGCUGAAGAACAGUUAAGUCGCAGAGGCCCCCCCACAGGAGUGGGAGCUCUGAGCCCCACAUCAGGCUCCCCAGCCCAGGUCCCGGCACUGGGAGGAGGAGACCGCAGGACAUCUGCUUUUGAAGGCUGGGGGGCUUGGCUCCGGGGGCCCCACAGGCCUAGGGGAAAUGGAGACUCCAUUAGCUUCAGAAGCUUACACGGAAACUCAUGUGCACCAGGUCCAAGGGCAGAGGCAGUCAUUUCACAGGAACCUGGGCCAGAUCUGCCUGCUGGAUUUGGAGGGUCUCCUGGGGACGUGGGGUACGGCUGCGGCUCACCCAGGGGACACAAAAGCUGGUGGCGGGCAUUCUGGGAGUGUUCAUCUACAGGAGCUUUCCUGGAGGCUGACAUCUUGAUUGGAUCAUUAGCACCAAGACCUAGCCCUAGGGAAGCCUCAGGUCAAAUAACAUACAGGGUGGGAACACAGCCCCACCCAUCAGCAGGCUUCCUGAGCCACAAAGGCCUCUAGACACAGCCCUACACACCAGAGGUCCAGGACCGAGCUUCACCCAGAAGUGGGCAGGCACCAGCUCCUCCUGCCAGGAACCCUGCAUGAGCCUCUAGUCAGGACUCAUCCACCAGGGGCAGAUUCCAGAAAUAAUAAAACAGCAAUCCCAAAGCCUGUGGAAGGAAUCCACACACGCAUAGAAAGACAGACAAUAUGAGGAGGCAAAGGGAUAUCUCCCAGGCCAAGGCACAAGAUAAAACCCAGAAGAGGUGAGGAGAUAGGUAAUUUUCCAAGAAAGAGUUUAAAGUAAUGAUGGCCAAGAUGUUACAGAACUCAAGAGGAGUAUAGAUGCACAGAGUGAAGUCUUUAGCAGAGAGUUUGAAAAAAUAAAGAAUAUGUAAACAGGGUUGAAGUAUAAAAUCACUGAAAUGAGUAACACACCAGAUGGAACCAAGAAUGGAAUAAAUGAGGCAAGAGAACAGAUCGGUGAGCUAGAAGACAGAUUACUGGAAAUCACUACUUCAGAACAGAAAAAAGGAUAAAAAGGAAUGAGGACGGUUUAAGAGCACUCUGGGACAACAUGAAGCGCUCUAACAUUCACAUUAUAGGGGUCCCAGAAAGAGAAGAGAGGGAGAAAGGACCUGAGAAAUUUUUUGGAGAGAUAAUCACUGAAAAAGUCCCCAACUUGGGAAAGAGAACAGUCACCCAAGUCCAGGAAGCGCAGAGAGUUCCACACAGGAUCCACCCAAAGAGGAGCACACCAAGGCACACAGGCAUCAAAUUGACAAAAAUCUAGGAGAAGAUAUUAAAAUUAGCAAGAGAAAAGCAACAAAUAACAUACAAGGAAACUCCCAUAAGGUUACCAGCUGAUUUUUGAGCAGAAACUCUACAGGCCAGGAGGGAGCGGCAUGAUAUACUUAAAGUGAUGCACGGGGGAACUUACAACCAAGAACACUCUGUCCAGCAAGGCUCUCGUUCAGACUUGAUGGAGAAAUCAAAAGCUUCACAGAUAAACAAAAGCUAAAAGAACUCAGCACCACCAAACCAGCUUUACGGCAAAUGUUAAAGGACCUCUAGUCAUCAAACUGUAAGAAAAAGGAACAAAAAGAAGAAAGAGAAAAAAAAAAGAGACCUACAAAGGAUUCCUCUGGCUGUUCAGGGUCUUUUGUGGUUCUUUAUAAAUUUUGGAAUUGUUCUAGUUCUGUGAGGAAUGUCGCGAGUAUUUUGACGGGGUUUGCAUUGGAUCUGUGGAUUGCUUUGGGAAGCGUGGCCAUUUUGAUAGUGUUGAUUCCUCCAACAGCACAUAAAAUCUUUCCAUUUC